CCCAGUCCGAAGACAGUAAGACUCCGAACUCUUGCAGGACCAGACAGAGGCAGAAAAGCGCCGAAGCAUCAUGCGAUCGAGCUUCUCGGGUGUAAUACCCCCGUUCCGUUCCCGAGAUCAUACCCGGGCCGAGGGGUUCCAGCAAUGUCGAUGUCCAAAGUGCCAUGCAGCAAUCACAUGAAGUCGGAUCCGAGAUCUUGGAUCGCGAUACUGACCCAUUCAUAUAAGAGGAGCACCCUGACUUGAACUUUUCUCGAUUCUCAUAGGCACCUUACCCAACUACGCCUCUCCCACCCCCGCCGACCCAUCCAUCAACCAUGAUCUCCAACCCGACAAGACUCCUUCCAACCUGGGCCGCGGCAGGGCUCAGCGCCCUCGCCAUGCUCUCCCUCCCGGCCGCCAGCACCGCCCGAGUCGCCGCCGUCGUCUCGCGCGAUUCCGUGUCCGAGUUCGUCGGGCGCGCCCAGAUCCACGUGCUCAACAGCACCGACAUAAGCACGGCCGACCCCGUGGCGAACCGCAUCGGCUGCCUCAACGCGCAGGGCCUGCUGACGCUGGACGACUGCGCCGUCUUCACGCGCGCCGACGACCCCAACACCCACCACACGCUGUCGACCAGCCUGGGCAACUGCAGCUUCCAGAACCCCAACAUGCCGCUGAACGUCGAUAGUAUCUAUGGUCGUGAUACGCAUGCCUGGUCGUGUGGGCCGGAGUCGGACCCGGCUGGGCUUGGAGGGCUGGCGGAGUAUUAUUAUACGAUUAGCGGCUUCAACUACCCGUUCGUUUGCCAGGGCAACAUUAAUUGCUGGUACGACAUGAAAGCCAUAGUACCGGGCAAGGACACGGAUCCGAUCCCGCUCUGGGCCUACUAUUGGGGCGGCCAGCAGCUUGAUGUGCCGGCGGGUCACUGGAGGGUGUUGUGGUUCUGGUCGCGCGUUUAGGGGCAGUGAUCCCUUCUGUGGCGAAGUAAAACGCGGAUGAGAUGCAGCGGGUGAUGAUGGUUGGUUGGGGCUUCUUUAGAUCGACAGGCCCAGGGCAAACGUCGUUCGUUCUGAUGAGUCGGGGAUGGCGAGGUAGAUACCUACCCUACGCCCUCUGUCAUCUCGUCAAAUGAUAGAUACCAUGCAAAGUUGCCCCCGAAAUCACCAUUGGUGCUCAUUGAGUCUCAUUAUGCUGAGCUGAACACAGGCAGAUGGGCUCAUGAGAGUAAAGAAAGGAAAUUGUGCCGGCGCAAUGGGAAGCGAAUGUGUAGAUCAAGUCGUCGCUGAGAGGGGCUGGUGAAGACGCAAGCCCAUGAGUAAAGCUUGAUGUUGGGUGCAAGGGCCGAUCGGCUUUA